AUGAGCCACCAACUCAAGGACUUGGGGCAGGAUGCGGGCAGUGCAGUGAAAGGGCUGGCAAGGAGCUGCUCUGUGGGCACAGGUGACAGGUCUGGAAGAGGAUCCUCCAGAAAGCGGACACCCAAAACCCAGAGUGCCUCAGUUAGGCAUAGGGCACAGCAGAGCCUGAAAGAACAAUCCGGGGGCAGCCCAAGGCCAGGAUCUCCCCGGAGGAAGUCAACUGGACAUGGACGGCUGCGAGAGGAACAGGGAAAACAGGAGCGGAGAGUAGCUGGAAGGACUCACCAGGGGAAGAAGAAGAGAAAUGGGAGGACUUCUUUCCGGGAGCAGAGAGCACCUUCCAAGAAGCAUAAGGAUGUGCGAAGGAACGAAGAGGAGAUAUGGAAGCAACUGAAGAAGCAUAGAUCAUCUUCCUUGGCUUCCGGUGCCUCUGGUGGUGAAUCUCUCUCUGAAGAAGAAUUAGCCCAGAUCCUGGAGCAGGUAGAAGAGAAGAAGAAACUCAUUGCCACCAUGCGGAAUAAGCCCUGGCCCAUGGCAAAGAAGCUUUCAGAGCUCAGGGAAGCUCAAGAAUUUGUGGAGAAGUAUGAAGGAGCCUUGGGAAGGGGGAAAGGCAAGCGACUCUACGCAUACAGGAUGCUGAUGGCUAAGAAAUGGAUCAAGUUUAAAAGAGAUUUUGAUAACUUCAAGACUCAAUGUAUUCCUUGGGAAAUGAAGAUUAAGGAUAUUGAAAGUCACUUUGGUUCUUCAGUAGCAUCAUAUUUCAUCUUUCUCCGAUGGAUGUAUGGAGUUAACCUUGUUCUUUUUGGUUUAAUAUUUGGUCUAGUAAUAAUCCCAGAGGUACUGAUGGGCGUGCCCUAUGGAAGUAUCCCUAGGAAGACAGUACCUCGGGCUGAGGAAGAAAAGGCCAUGGAUUUUUCUGUCCUUUGGGAUUUUGAGGGUUACAUCAAGUAUUCUGCUCUCUUCUACGGCUACUACAACAACCAGAGGACCAUCGGGUGGCUGAGAUACAGGCUUCCCAUGGCUUACUUUAUGGUGGGGGUCAGCGUGUUUGGCUACAGCCUGAUGAUCGUCAUUCGCUCAAUGGCCAGUAAUACCCAGGGCACCACGAGUGAGGGAGAGAAUGACAAUUUCACCUUCAGCUUCAAGAUGUUCACAAGCUGGGACUACUUGAUUGGGAACUCCGAGACAGCAGACAACAAAUAUGCCUCCAUCACCACCAGCUUCAAGGAAUCAAUAGUGGAUGAGCAGGAGAGCAACAAGGAAGAAAAUGUCCACCUAACACGAUUCCUCCGUGUCCUGGCCAACUUCCUCAUCAUCUGCUGUUUGUGUGGAAGUGGGUACCUCAUUUACUUUGUUGUGAAGCGAUCCCAGGAAUUUGCCAAAAUGAAGAAUGUCAGCUGGUAUGAAAGGAAUGAGGUAGAAAUUGUGAUGUCCCUGCUGGGGAUGUUUUGUCCCCCUCUCUUUGAAACCAUCGCUAUCCUGGAGAAUUACCAUCCACGUGUUGGACUGAAGUGGCAGCUGGGCCGCAUCUUUGCUCUUUUCCUGGGGAAUCUCUACACCUUUCUGUUGGCCCUCAUGGAUGAUGUCCACCUCAAGCUGUCUAACGAAGAGAUAAUAAGGAACAUCACCCACUGGACUCUGUUUAACUACUACAACUCCUCAGGUUGGAACGACAGCAUCCCACGACCACCCCUGCACCCUGCAGAUGUGCCCCGGGGAUCUUGCUGGGAGACGGCCGUGGGCAUUGAAUUCAUGAGACUGACUGUGUCGGACAUGCUGGUGACCUACAUUACCAUCCUGCUAGGGGACUUCCUGAGGGCGUGCUUUGUGCGGUUCAUGAACUACUGUUGGUGCUGGGACUUGGAAGCUGGUUUUCCAUCAUAUGCCGAGUUUGAUAUUAGUGGAAAUGUGCUUGGGUUGAUCUUCAACCAAGGAAUGAUCUGGAUGGGCUCCUUCUAUGCUCCGGGACUGGUAGGCAUCAAUGUGCUGCGCCUGCUGACCUCCAUGUACUUCCAGUGCUGGGCGGUGAUGAGCAGCAACGUGCCCCAUGAGCGUGUAUUCAAAGCCUCGCGGUCCAACAACUUCUACAUGGGUCUUCUGCUGCUGGUGCUAUUCCUCAGCCUGCUGCCUGUGGCCUACACCAUCAUGUCCCUCCCGCCCUCCUUUGAUUGUGGGCCCUUCAGUGGGAAAAACAGAAUGUAUGAAGUCAUCCAAGAGACCAUUGAAAAUGACUUCCCCACCUUCCUGGGAAAGAUCUUUGCUUUCCUCGCCAACCCUGGUCUCAUCAUCCCAGCCAUCUUACUAAUGUUUCUGGCCAUCUACUAUCUGAAUUCAGUGUCCAAAAGCCUCUCCCGAGCUAAUGCCCAGCUGAGGAAGAAAAUCCAAUUGCUACGAGAAGUUGAGAAGAUCCACAAAUUGGUCAAAGGCAAAGCCGUGGGCAAAGACUCUGGGGACAUUUCUAAAGGUAGUUCCCAAAAUGCCACCCAGCUCCAAGCCACCAAAGAAGAAAAGAUCCCAGCCCCCGAAGGCCUCAGACUCAGCCCCAGAAGUCAGCUCCUGCAAAGCGUGCUCAGAGAUCCCCCCACCGACAGCUGGGGACCCCAUCUCGUGCUGACAACCCCCACUGAAACUCCCAAAUAUAGGAGGAGGCCCAGGAACCCGCAGUUCCUGACCUUGACCCUGGAAGCUGUCUCUUUGGAUCAGACUCUCUGGAAAACGGUGUGA